AUGGAAGUGACGGUUCGAAUCAACCAGGUGUGGAUAAAGGAUGUACAGAGAUUCCUGCUGCGCUGUAGAGUCCAGGCGGCGGGCUCUGGAGAGGCACACGAGGGCUCCGUAUCAAUCGGUCAGCAGCCAGCAUCCAAACACGAGUUCUCUUUCACCUUCGCCUCGAGACCCCCACAGCUCUCCUCCCUCUUCGUGGCCACGUCCCCGAGGCACGAGUCCACGCAGUCACGCACGGAGAAAGAGCUGGGGAGAAACGCUGGGACUCUAAACACGGCCGAGUCGGGCUUGGAGCGCACUCGAACGCUGUUGCUCUCUCAGAGGGUACCGGAUACGAACGUGGAGAGAUUCGCGGGGAAAGUGACCUACGCCGUCCAGCUAAGGGACACCGGCGCCGCUAACAUCGCCUCGCUUCUCUCUGACGAGGCCAAGAGAGCGUGCGGACAUGUUCUGCCAUCUGAAUCUCCGUUUGUUAGCGUCGUGUUCCACUUUGCCUGCGCUGGAGCCGAUCCGACAAGAGAGCUGGUCGGAGUGGCGAGAAUUGGAGACAGAAGCGACGUCAGUGUCAGCACACUGCUGCAGGAGAGCCCCCCACAGCUUGACUAUAUCCCUAUUCUGAAGCCAGUCCGACUCUUCUGUCAGGAGUUCGACUGUCUCGAGCUUCACAUUGCUGAUUCCAAGAGUGGAGCUGUCCAGUUCAGCUCUUCUCGUGCACUCAGUAGAAUAACUCCCUUGAAACCCACCCACCUCAACUACGACAAUCAAAGCAGAGGAGGUAAAUGUGUGAGCAGUGAUACUCAGUCGGAUACUAGGGUACCGAGUGUGUCCAUCUCUGUCCUGUACACACCAUCAACCUCGCAGUACACCAGGUUUCAAGGAUUGGAGGUGGCUGUGUGUAACGUGAACCUUACCAGACACGUGGGCCAGUGUAGGGAUGUGGUGAUAGGGGUGCAGUUGGUUCAGGGCAAUAGCAAAGGAAAAACUCCUACACUUAGUGGGCACUCAACUCUCCCUCCAUUUCAUCCCCCUAGAAAGAAGAGUGGAGCUUCUGUUACCCCUGACUCAGGCCCAGACUACCACCUCUCUUUUCUCCAGUACCACCGAAAAGAACUAAACCAAGACUCUGUGGUAAAAUCGUACCACUUCUUCCAGCAUCCUCUCCAGAAACCAGAAGGCUUUUACUUGCUCUUCCACGUCUAUGGCUCCUCUGGGGCCCAGCUGUGGUGGAACACUGACAAUCACACAGUGGCAAAGCUGGAAAUCACCGAAGAUACUCUAACAAUUCUACAGACAGGAGAGCUCCCGUUACUCCACUGGUCAGCCGGUGAUAACGACUCAUCCCAACCCUGCUCUGUGUCUGGCGUCCUACAUUGGAAGUCGAGAAAAACUAAGUUUCUGACGGAGUCUUCUAUCAGAGAAGUCUUAGCCAAGCCAGCUCAUGUCACUUCAGCUCCUGACGUAAAUCGACAUGAAGCCAGUAGCCAGUCUAUUCCUCACCAUGCUGAAGCCCACAGAGCACCCAAUCCUGGUAAAGAGGUGCAACUGCAUGACUCUAUGCAGCAAGAGUCACCUGAAGAGAGUAAUACUGGAGACAAGGAUGUCGUGAAACAUCUAACAGAGUUUGAAACCAGCCUUCGUCAGAUGGCUGAGGUUUCCGCAGCCUGCGCAGGGAGAACCGGCGUCUACAGAGCGACAACGAGCAGCUGGUGCAGGAGAUGGCUGCACUCAGGUCCCAAGCUGGCACCUCUGGCUCUCUAA